AAAAAAAAAACAAAAGAAAAUAUAUAUUUAUGUGUUAUAUUACAAUGGAUUCACCCAUCCGUGCAAAAUAAUUUUUUAAUAAGAAAAAAAAGAAGCAAAAGCAGAGAGAAAAACAAACAAGGAAGGUGACCACAGACGAGACCACUAUAUCUUCUUCAGUUUGUUAGCAGACCCAAAGACGGACAGCCAGCCAUCCCCAGACCUCUUACACGCAAAACCACAUGCUUUUAGAGGAAGACAAACAGCCAAAGUACAAAUCUUUUCAAUCUCCUAACUCAAAAAGAAAAAAAAAGCUUGUUACGAAAGCAAAGCGAAAGCCAAAUCUACAAAUACUCGUGAUAAAAAGAGUAGAAAAAGAAAAAAAAAGUGUUCUUGUUUGGGAGGGAAAAUGAAGCUAUCGUCGAAACCCAUGUCGAGUCCGGGUCGUGCUGAGAAGUAUCCGCCACCAUUGAUGCGGUUUUUGAGAAGCAAUGUCGGGAGUAGAAGCAGGGGAAGGUCACGUACAAGCCCAAUGUUCGUUAGGAAAAAGAAUACCGCCAUUGAAACCCAAGAGCCUUCUUCGCCUAAAGUUACUUGCAUGGGUCAGGUUCGUGUCAGACGCUCCAAACAAACCGCUUCCAAAUCCAGUCGACCCGGACUCCCGACUCGCCGCCGUAGCCGCUGUAAAUGGAUCAGAAACGCUCUGUUUUUUCAUCAUCUCCCUGGGAAAGUCAAGGCCAAGCCUGGUUUUCGAUGCUCUUGGAAGAAAUUGGGGGCGUUUUUCCAUAUGGGGUGUUGUAGAAAACCACAGAAUGGGGAAGAUUCAUCGAAAUUUGGGAUCAAAACUGGAGAUUCCGUACCAGAAGAAGAAGAAGAAAAGAGUGAAGAAAAUGAGAAGGAAGCUAAGAUUUUCGCAUCUUCUUCCUGUUCAUCGCCACCCAAAAAUGCAUUGCUUUUAACACGUUGUCGAUCUGCUCCGUACAGAUCUUCUUCUUUAGCUUGUAGGUUUUGGGGAUCGCCAUUAGCUAACCAAGACAAAAACGAAGAAGAAACAGAGAAAACAAAGCUAGAAAACAGAGGAUUCAAAGAAGAAGAAGAGAAUCCCAGUUUGAAAAAAGUGUCCCUUUGCAGAAACUCGGAGCAGGGAACCCAAAUGGAUUCAGAAAAUCUGGGAUUUUGCAAGGGUAUUGAAGAGGAAAAAGUGGAGUUGAAAACAGAGCACGUUGGGGAUGUACGGCCUCUAAUCCUCACAAGGUGUAAAUCGGAACCGGCGAGAACAGCCGAAAGACUCAAUCCUGAGAUGAAUUUCUGGAAGAAAAGAAAAUUGGGUUUCACGUGAUUCAUCUAACUUUAUUUUUCUUCAAUUAAUUUUCUGAAUAUUUUUGCUUUUAUUUUCUUUUCUAGGAAGAAGCUGUAAUUUAAAUUUUUUCCCCCUAUACAUGAGUGUUGUAUUAAGACAUCAUCUAGAGCCGUAAGAGAGAAUCUCUACAGCUCUUAGGUAAUACAUAAAAAAAGGUGGUUUUUUGGGGGGGACAUUUCAAAGAAGAAAGGCUUCGUCAAUAGUAUACUGGAAUUUGAAAUCAAAUGAUAAAAUUUCUUUUCAAUGCACUUACAGAGAUCAA